AUGUUGUUUCUCCUCUUCAACCUUCAGCAGAACUACAACACAACUGACCGAGACAUCAGGAACCAGGCUGAGUGGUUCACAUCUCAGACACCGUCUCCAACGGCAACAAGGUUCACAUCUCAGACACCGUCUCCAACUGCAACAAGGUUCACAACUCAGACACCGUCUCCAACUGCAACAAGGUUCACAUCUCAGACACCGUCUCCAACUGCAACAAGGUUCACAUCUCAGACACCGUCUCCAGCUGCAGCAAACUUCACAUCUCAGACACCGUCUCCAACUGCAACAAGGUUCACAUAUCAGACACCGUCUCCAACUGCAACAAGGUUCACAUAUCAGACACCGUCUCCAACUGCAACAAGGUUCACAUCUCAGACACCGUCUCCAACUGCAACAAGGUUCACAUCUCAGACACCGUCUCCAACUGCAACAAGGUUCACAUAUCAGACACCGUCUCCAACUGCAACAAGGUUCACAUCUCAGACACCGUCUCCAGCUGCAACAAGGUUCACAUCUCAGACACCGUCUCCAACUGCAACAAGGUUCACAUAUCAGACACCGUCUCCAGCUGCAACAAACUUUCAAUCUCUACUUUACACUGCCAUCCUGGACGGAGACACUGGAGGAAAGGCCUGUUACAGACAGAUUGCUCUUGGAGGAAAGGCCUGUUACAGACAGGUUGCUCUUGGGGGAAAGGCCUGUUACAGACAGAUUGCUCUUGGGGGAAAGGCCUGUUACAGACAGAUUGCUCUUGGGGGAAAGGCCUGUUACAGACAGAUUGCUCUUGGAGGAAAGGCCUGUUACAGACAGAUUGCUCUUGGGGGAAAGGCCUGUUACAGACAGAUUGCUCUUGGGGGAAAGGCCUGUUACAGACAGAUUGCUCUUGGGGGAAAGGCCUGUUACAGACAGAUUGCUCUUGGGGGAAAGGCCUGUUACAGACAGAUUGCUCUUGGGGGAAAGGCCUGUUACAGACAGAUUGCUCUUGGAGGAAAGGCCUGUAUCGUUUCAGCCGACUGCCAGCUUGUCAACAUCACAGUACCAUGACAAGACAUGGGUUGUGGAAUAUCAGUUUAGAAGCUAAAUACUGUGUUUCUAUUGGCUAGAGACUGUUCUAAUCUAGAGACUGUGGGUCUAUUAGCUAGAAACUGUGGAAUGCCAGUUUAGACUGUGGAUCUAUUGUUGUGCUUGCCCUGAGACCUUGGAUUGGCUGUGGCCAUUUGAUGACAGGAGAGGAGAGCUGAGAGGAGAGAGAGACUACAGUGUUUCUGUCUGGUCCACAUCACACUGCCCUGAGACUGAUGAUGCUGCUGCCUACUGUACUGUGGAGACAUAACACACCUUGUCUGGUAUAGAAAUGGGGAGGUUUUAACUGUCAUUUAAACCUCUUUACUGAAACCACAAGAUGGGGAGGUUUUAAACUGCCAUUUAAAUCUCUUUACUGAAACUAGAGGGAUGUCUUCUAGAAGAUGGGGAGGUUUUUAACUGUCAUUUAAACCUCUUUACUGAAACAACAAGAUGGGGAGGUUCUAAACUGUCAUUUGUUUACCAGGGUAUAUAAUUGCAUUAGUUGCAAUUGAGUGUUGAGACAUGAACGGUGCAUGUUGUAAAUGUGCAUAUCAGAUUAGGCACUUCCUGUGUCUCCUGGUGAUGACAUCAGACCUACAGACAGCACAGUUCUGAUGUCACAGGGAGAGGGGUGAAGUCCAGUUUACCUCCAUCUAUAUGGGACCUCUGGACAGUAAGGAAAGGGAAUAACUGGAAAAAUAUCAAAUCCUCACUCUGGCUCAGCAUUAUCAAGGUACAUUAUUAUUGAGGUACAUUAUCGAACAGUUGACUGUUUACUAAAAAAGGGAUCAUUACAUGAUCUUGAUUGUUGGUGCAGCAGCUACUGAGUUAAGAGUUAGUUAAGAGUUAGGGCUACUGUACUGGCCUUCCGUCUCCAGCUCAUCUGUCUCUGUCCAGCUCAUCUGUCUCUGUCCAUCCGUCCGUCUCCAGCUCAUCUGUCUCUGUCCAGCCGUCUGUCUGACCACUCCUUAGUUAGAGGAGCACCAAGUGUUUACAGAGGUGAAGGGUCAACCACCCUGACCUCAUAUUGACCUUACAUUACAUAGGUUAAAUUACAUGGGUUUAUAGUUCCAAAAGUCACAGCUUUUCCAGAAAUCCCGGUUGGAAGAUUGCCGGAAUCAGGAGGGAAUUAGGAGGAAAUCCGGAAAUCCUCCCAACAGGAUUUCUGGAAAAGCUUUUGUGAAAGUUAUCAGAAAUGUGUGUCACUAGUUACAUGACAGGGCUUCUAUUACCGCAAUUCUCCAUCUGACAGACUGUAUAUAUAUUCCUGAUGACAGGAACUACUCUGUUUCUCCAUCUGACACACUGUAUAUAUAUUCCUGAUGACAGGAACUACUCUGUUUCUCCAUCUGACAGACUGUAUAUAUAUUCCUGAUGACAGGAACUACUCUGUUUCUCCAUGUACUACCCACUCAUUCUGGAACAACUCUGUUUCUCCAU